UAAGUCCUAAGGAAGCUUUACAGCCACACUAAUCAUAACUAAAGAAUGUCAUAUUGGAAGGAAAUAAUUUAGUGCAAUGCAGCCCAAUUGAAUCUUGUUUAAAGACGUAACUUCAAAAUGUCUGACCAGGAAGAGUAUGAAGAGGAAGUCAUUGAGGAGAAGGAAGAGAUUGAAGAAGUUGAUGAGCCUGAGCCUGAACCUGAGCCCGAACCAGAGCCACCAAAACCAGCCCCUCCUAAACAUGUUGCCCCUCUCUCAAGGCCUCAUCAUGAGGUUAUUCCUAAAAAAAGCAGUAAGAUCUCGGCAUCUCGCAAACUCCACCUGAAGAUACUAAUGCUUUCCAGAGCCAAGGAAGAUCUGGAAAGAGAAAUCGAUGAACGGUAUGAGGAGAAGGAAAAGUUCCUGGUAGAACGAGUGCCUCCUCUCAACUUCAGCAGCCUCUCCCUCACAGACCUGCAGAAUUUGUGCGCAGAACUCCAUCAAAAAGUUGAGAUUGUUGAUGAAGAAAGGUACGACAUUGAGUUUAAAGCUAGCAAGAACAGCUACGAGAUUCAAGAUCUGUCCCUGAAAAUUCUUGAUCUUCGAGGGAAGUUCAAGCGACCUCCCUUGCGUAGGGUCCGCGUCUCCGCUGAUGCCAUGUUGCGUGCUUUGUUGGGAUCCAAGCACAAGGUGUCGAUGGACCUAAGAGCCAACCUGAAGUCGGUCAAAAAGGAUGAUACAGAAAAGGAUCGGAAUGCUGAAGUCAGUGACUGGCGUAAGAAUGUGGCAGCCAAGUCGGGAAUGGAGGGCAGGAAGAAGAUGUUUGAUGCUUCCAGCACCCAGUGAGUGAUGCACCCAAUCUGAAGCAUCAUGGCUACCAAUUCCACUUCGCAAAUAUAAUGUUAUUUUGACGAGGAUAUUUAUUCAUGUUUUGCUUUACUGUAGGUAAUCCACAUGGGGAAUAUUGCACGAUUUAUGAAAACAAUAACCAGUAGCAUUACUCGUAAUCCAGUCGUCUUUUUGGUUUAUGAAUUUUCACACAUGGUAAAGUAUUUUAAUGAAUGGUUUUCUCAUUCUCAACCACCCGACUGAGUUUCAGGAGCAAUAUUAAACUUCUUGCCGUUUUGGAGAUUAUAAGUAGGAACACAUACCUUGGACAAGAUACAAUUAAAAUGACUUGCUAUCCUGUAACUAGAAAUAAGCAGUAAAAUAAUUGCUUCCAACUG